AUGGAGGCCACAUAUGAGUUACAGCCCCAGUUUUCUUUGUCCAUCUGGGAUGAAGAAAGUAUAGGAGAAUUUGGAGAAGCAAAAAGACCUCAGGAUCACAUAGGAAGAUUGGAGGGCUUUCAGUUAGAUGAUGAGGUGGCCGAGACAGAUACUCUCAAAGAUAUCAUCAACUCCACCACAGUUUUUAUUUUUGUUCCUAUUGUUCGCUACCAGGAAACCCUCCCUUGGGCAGGUCUCUUCAGUCAAUGGAGGCUGCAUCCUGGAAUGGCAGGACAAGGUGGGGACAAAGGUGGAGUGGAACAUGGAAAGAGAUUUGGCCGGUCCAGCAUUGCCCUCAAGUGGUCAAAUGCAGGCAUGUGGGGAAUGGAGAAUUCCUGGAAUGAAGUUCUGAGGGUGUCCUGGAUCAGGGCUUUAAAAGGGAAGGAGCCCCCCAAAAAGGUUUUUGUGGGUGGAUUGAGCCCAUAUACUUCUGAAGAACAAAUUAAAGAAUAUUUUGGAGCCUUUGGAGAGAUUGAAAAUAUUGAACUUCCCAUGGAUACAAAAACAAAUGAAAGAAGAGGUUUUUGUUUUAUCACAUAUACAGAUGAGGAGCCAGUAAAGAAAUUGUUAGAAAGCAGAUAUCAUCAAAUUGGUUCUGGGAAGUGUGAAAUCAAAGUUGCCCAACCCAAAGAGGUAUAUAGGCAACAACAGCAACAACAAAAGGGAGGAAGAGGUGCUGCAGCUGGUGGAAGAGGUGGUACUAGGGGUCGAGGCCGAGGUCAGGGCCAAAACUGGAACCAAGGAUUUAAUAACUAUUAUGAUCAAGGAUAUGGAAAUUACAAUAGUGCCUAUGGUGGUGAUCAAAACUAUAGUGGCUAUGGCGGCUAUGAUUAUACUGGGUAUAACUAUGGGAACUAUGGAUAUGGACAGGGGUAUGUAGACUACAGUGGCCAACAGAGCACUUAUGGCAAGGCGUCUCGAGGGGGAGGCAAUCACCAAAAUAAUUAUCAGCCAUACUAAAGGAGGACAUUGGAGAAAACAGGAAGGGAUUGCUAAAGUAACCCAUCUGUCAGGACGCCAUUGAAGAUUGAUCUUCUCUUGCUCUAAGAUGAUUAUUUUGUAAAAUACUUUCUAGUGUAUAAGCCACAACUGUGUCCAACUGUAUAUAGCCGCCAAUUAGUUUUCUUUGUUUUUACUUUGCCUUUUGCUAUCUGUGUUAUGAUUCAAUGUGGAUUUGUGUUUAUACAAAUUUUAUUUGUAUGAUUUCAUGUUAAACCUCAAAUAAAUGCUUCCUUAUGUGA